GCAAUAUGUCAUGCCUCCCUUCGAAUGACAACAAUACAGCAGCAUCUACAGCAAACUCAGACUCCUCGCUUUCAUGUCAGAAUGGGUGAAUUCAUUGCUUAGAGAGGAUAGGCUCCUACAAUGGACGAUUAUCAGAGACUCGUCGUGGCUCAAUUCUUCGAGCCACUACCAAACCUCUCCCAGAUAUCGUGCCACCAGUUUGUCUUGCAUCAUAUUGCCCCGAUCCUUCUUCCCAACACUACCGGCAAGGUAGACGUUCAACCUAGCCCUUUCCAGGGAAGCAUGAGCUACACCGCUAUACUACAUACUCAUUCCACGCAUGCUGAUCAUCGCAUUGCCGUCCAGUUCCGAAGCGACAAGCAAGACCUCUUCGGAGUCACCGAAGCUAGCCGCAUUCAUGGAUCUCUUGUGCCCUUGGUAACAUACCAGGGCAUGUACGAAGGCCUCUUUGUGUAUACAUCACCUUUUGCAGAAGGGACACCGUACAUCAGUGUCUUGAUGUCUUCUCAGGACUUUAAACUGCCGCUCCAAAAGAAGAUGGUAACUGUCAUGGACCUUGCAGACCUCGUCACUCGGGGAGCCAGAGCGAACACUACUAUAUCCGACACUACUAUAUCCGACCUCACCUCUACUCUUGAAGAAAUUCACCAUACGGUCAAUAACUACACUUUCCGACACAAACCCCUCAGAAACAGAAUUUCUGCUUGUAUCAGCAAGCUCUUACCACAGCUACGCGAUCUUGCUGCCCUCCCUGUCACCCUUACCCACCAGGAUCUCGCCCCAUUCAAUUACCUUAUCGACGAUUCUACCGGUCGGGUUCAAGCUGUACUGGACUGGGAUGGUGCUCUAUAUCUCCCAGUUGGGUCGAAUUUCUAUUUCAUGGAUAGCCUUUUCGGGUUCAUGACCCCAAGUGGUUGGCAGGACACGGAGGAUCGUCAGGAACUCGAGGCAGCGUUUUACAAUCGGGCUCUGGCUAGUCUUGCUACACAGGGGCUUGGGGGAGUAACAAGAGAGCAACUGGAGUCGCAGAAAGCGAUCGGGAUGUUGCUGUAUGGUGUGGAACGGCUUCUCAAGUUCAAAGACGAACGAGCGGAGCACUAUCUAGAUGGAUAUCUUCGGGGGUUAUCUUUCAUGAACGGGCUCAUGUUCUCGUAUUAGCUCAGUAUCUGGACGGGACCUUGAUGCGUGGGAGUCUAAGAAUAUGUAUAUUCGAAAGGAUAUUGAGAGCCAUGCCGGCAUCCGAGGAAAUAGAAAACUAGCAAUGUAUGAUUGCGCCUGUGCUCAAUUUCUAGUUCUAACAGAGAUAGCGAAACGAACACUCGAGGGGGCGCCCUGGCAAAAGAUGGAUCUUGAUGCAGGAAGGGGGGAGAUUCUUAAAACUAAGACUCUUCUCCGGCAGCAUCUAACCGGGGCAUAACCUUGACUUCAUGCUCAGUGUAGGGCUUCGAAUCCCGAAACACCUUGUGAUUGCCAGAGUUCAUAGGGGCACAGACGUUAUUCCCCUUGCACUCAACAAUCCCGUGUUCAUUGACAUGGAAGCUCCAUCCAGUGAUGACAGGUUCACUCGCCUUAAUCUCUUCUUCGGGGGUAAGGCGAAGAGGGACACUGAUGGUGCCGCGUCCACUAGGAUGUGUGAACUCAACGAAGUCUUCUCUGUCUGCACAGUUCGGGAUGAUCGAGAACCGUUUCUCGAGGCUGUGAGCUUUGAGAAACUCGGCAAGGUCCGAAGCGAAAGCUGUGUCGAUCUGAGUUGCCUCGCCGCUGGCAUCGUACUCGAAUGCCUGGAACAUUCCAUUUCGGUUGAGGAACCACGAGUUCGGCGCAAUCUUGUCCAUGUCGACGCUCGAAAUAGUCUUUGGGAUGCAGAUAUCAGACUCGGGGGACCGGACCUCGUGAAACAUCACAGUUCUGUCUUGGAGUGUGUCGUGGCGAUGGAGAAGCCCGACUCCUAGCUUCAUAUGCAUGCUGUGCCUGACAAAGAUAUCCGCGAUAGCUGUCAAGGUCGCCUUGUCCACCUCCUUUUCCUGUUCUUCGAAGGUCUUGAUUGUAUUGAAAGAGAGGGCAUCCAAGACAGCACUCUCUACUGCGACAGCCAUGAUAUUGGCAGGUCUCACUGUUUUAUCAUUGAUGUUAGCGAUUACUGCUUGCAGGACGGUAGGUGACUCAAGCACCUGUGCGUUACUCUUUACGUCGAUGAAGAUAGGGCAGAAGUGAUGCUUGACAUUGAGCGGAAUAUGCAAUACCUUCUCGUGACGUGGAGAUAUGAAGCCCACAACAAGCGGAGUGAUCAGUAUGCUUCGAUGAAAAUUUUGCGCUGGGCAACUAGCCUGGGCCAGGAGAGAAUGGAAGAAAGCGGAAGGGAAGGAAGGUCUGUAUUUAUCUGAGAAACGGUCAACAUUGGUAGAGUCGGGGCAGGCCAAAUAUCGCGUCAGCGGGGAACCCUGUCAUCAGGCAUGAUAAGUCCAAAAUUGCAGCGGCUAAUAGUCCCAUCUCUCCGGAGUGAUGGAGAGCAAAGAUCCACUCCAGCUGAAAAAGAUUUGAGCCGCAACCACCUAUUCUUGGCCUGAGAGCUUCUUGGGUCCUGCUGACGUGGCCUGCAGCACGGGGUUUCGCAAUGACAAAUAUGCUGCACGAACGGUGAACUGUGGAAGGAAAUAGAUGGUAAUUUGAACAGCCAUGCAAUUCGUUAGCUCGAGGCUGUGCCCUUGUUUCCCCGCCAAUGACGUUGGUUGAGAUCCGCUUCGAUCCGCCAAUGAGGGGAGAGUUCUCCCAGAGCCCAAACAUUCCCGCGAUCUGUGGCUGACUUCCGGGCCGCUCCGUCAACGAAGUGGGCUACUUCAGAUCGUUGCUGCUGCCUUGCGAACGGGAAGGCCGGAACUGACCUAUGUGAACCAAACGAUUGGCUAUGGGUGGGAUUUCCCUCCGCUCUCGUCAUUCAAUGACGACUCAACACUCCGAACGCCAAGUUAGAUGAAUGCCCGUCGUGCUUGGGUUUGACUACUGCUCGCGGAUUUUGAAGCUUACAUUGAGUGAAGAUUCGCGGUCGACGACAGGAUGAUUGGUCAUCAAGUCUUGGCGGUAAACCUUGGCACAAUGUACGCCCGACGAUCUCAACGUCGAGGCAGCGGCCUUACCUGCAUCUCCAAAGUGGGGGGCAUCAGCCUUAAAUUCGAUCGCAAUGCUCAUUGCAUUGUUUGGAGAAUAAAAUCAGUGCCUCUACAAAUGGAGCCCAAAUGAUGGGGCCGAAGAGAUCAAAAAACCAUUCAAAUUUCUAACGGAGACUGAUUACACAAGCAGGGGGUAGAACAAUUCGCAGUAAGUGCGUACGCUAAAUGCAAAGCAUCGGCUCAUGUGCAUUUGCCUUCAGUUUGGAAGCUUGGGAGACUUGUCGCUAGUUGUGUGGCUGGCCGCAUCGCCAGCAGUGCCAAGGGACUCAGUGGCACGGAUCCUCGGCUUCUUUCCGCGAGGCCCUUCUUCUCCAUAUUCAAUUGGAGCCGCGAAGCUCCAUUGGACAUCUUGAUGCUCAUCAGGCUCCGUUGAGCCAUCGGAAUCAUCCAAAAUGGGUGUCAAAUCAGAAGCCGCCUGGUUCUGGGAGGUAGAAGAAUGUUGAGAGCAAGCCUCAGAGAGUCUUUUGUUUGCCAUCCCAAUAAAUUCAUCCCUCUUUUCCUUUGCCCAAUCUCGGGCGUUUCGAUAUGCACAAGCUCCUUGCCGAAACAUCUCAGAGGUAUCAGUCAGGGAAUAUGAUCGAAGCUGGGUCAUAAAAUAUUCGGGAUGACUAUCUGGAAUUUUAGGCUUUCCAAUGUGGGUGGUGUAUAGCUUUAGUGUACCGCCAUGAUAAAUCGAGGUAAGAGUGUAAGCAUUGCGAUCGUAGGUCGGUCCAUCUUGCUGGUAGAAUUGUAGAGAAUGCAUACCCCGAGCUCCCAAUGCACCAUCAUAGCAUGCCUGCCGCGUAGCUACAGAGAGAGAUCCAUCGGGGCCCUUUGCCUCCAAAAAGAAGUUCGGCACCAUUGGGAGAUCAUCCUGCGUUGAUGGGACAAUAUGGCGACUAAGAUCUUCGCGGAUUUGACGAUUGAGCUGUUCAGGUCGCGCGCCAUAGAAGUGGUCAGGUUUGCCUGAAGCUAGUGUACCAUUAGUUAAGGGCGAAAGGUUUCCAAAUGGGUAAUCCCCUCCGACACAUUUACGAUCGCCGAUAUCGCCAUCAAUAAUCGGAAUCACCAAACUUAUAACCGGCUUCUCCUUAGAUGCAUGUGCAUCUGCACGGGCAAAGUUUUCGAAUGCCUCCUCAGAGAAUCUUGAUGGUGAAAGAGAAGCUCGGGGUUGAGCCAAUCUUUCAUUGAUUUCUUGCAGGUUUCUCGGUUUUUCUGGUCUUUGGCCAUCUGGAUACUCGUAACCGUGCGGGUAAACUCCGUGGUCAAUUAAAUGCUGUUGAAAAUUCCUACUAAAAGCUGAGGUGCUCGAAGUUCUUGUGGUUGCCUUUGUGCCUCUCGAGGUUGAUGACAGAGGAGAUUCUGCUCGACGUUUCCUACGGUGGGAACUGGGUGUCCUUGAGCUCAUCGGGAUAGGGUACUAGAACCAGGUUAGUACCUCCAGGAUGGGUUUGAGUUCAAAGUAACAUACAUUUCUCAAAUCAGACAGAUCAGGCCCUCCCAAUCUCGAGAAUCUCUUUAUCUCCUUUGGGUGACUAGAUGAACAAUCACGGAGAAAGCCAGGAAGUAGGACAGGCUCUUCGGGACAAC